UCUUCAACCUUUAAUUAAAACGCUUUUACUGUAAAAGUACUCACUGUUCGUUUCAAAUCACUGGAAAAUGUAUAAGUUUAAGGCAUCAAAGUAUAAAAACGCUUUCACUGCGAACGCAAAGAAAGAGGAAUGCAUCUCUGAUCUGAAUGUUGAAACUCCUGUAACUUUCGGGAACCAUGCAACUGCUAGUGCUAAGCUGGUCGCGUUUUGUGUUGGGUCUGCAAGUGGAGGAAAAAUCAUGGUGUUUGAUAUCAAUGCGAAUGGCAGACUUGGAGCAGGACCCUCAUUGAACGCUCACAGCGAUUCCAUCACUGACCUUGAGUUUUCUCCUUUCAACCACUGUAGAUUGGCAACUGCGGGUGCUGAUAACACUGUAAAAAUUUGGGAUCUUCCGUUGGAUGGGAUCACUGAUAAUUUCAGUGAAGGACCGAUACAAACAUUGGCAGAAUUCAAGCAGCGACCAGAAAGCAUUUCCUUCCAUCCAAUUGCAGAAAAUAUUCUGGCUGUCGCUUUUGGCUCUAUGAUCUAUGUUUAUGAUAUUGAGAAUGGAAAGAGGGUAUUCGAACUGGACACAGGAAGAGACUUGAUUCAAUGCAUAUCAUGGAAAAAAAAUGGAAUCCACAUUGCGGCCACGACUAAGGACCGUUAUCUUCUUAUCUGUGAUCCCAGAUCUGGGAAGGUGAUAACAUCUGGAGAAGCCCAUGCUAAUCACAAAGAAUCGAGAGUUAUCUGGGCAGGAGAGUCAGAUAAGGUUUUUACAACUGGAUUCUCAAGUGGUCGACAGAAAGAGCUGAAAGUUUGGGACGUCACCGGAGAAAAGCCAACAUGUCUGCACACUCAAGAUUUUGGGUCAGGAACAGGAAUAUUGAUGCCUUUCUAUGAUGAAGACACUGGAAUGGUUUUUGUUUCUGCAAAAGGAGAUUCGAAUAUUUCAUUUCUGGAAUUCUUCGAAGACAAGAAUCCUCCACUUAAGAUUGCAUCACAGCAAUUGCUCUCAAACCAAACGAAAGGAAUGUGCAUGGUCAGCAAGCUCGGAGUGAACGCUGCUGAAUGUGAAGUGAAUCGCCUGUUUCAACUCGCUCAGAAGAUGUUAGUCCCUGUGCCAUGGACUGUACCAAGAAAAACUCUCCGCGAAUUCCCAUCUGAUCUAUUCCCUGAUACUGCGUCAGAUGAACCAGGUUUAACUACAAAGCAAUGGAUUGCCGGGGAGAAUGGAAAGAGAAUCAAAACCAGUCUUGAACCUUCAAAACGAAAACCACUGAGACUUGAAUCUACAGAAGCUGAGAAACCUCAGCCAGUGAGCCAAACAAAUGGAGACUCCACAGCAGAAAUUGUCCAGGAGUCAAAACCUGUGGCUAAGGAGCCGAUUGCUGCUAAAAAUGCAACCAAGGAGCCGAUUGCUGCCAAAAAUGCAGCCAAAGAGCCAGAACCUGCACCAAAGCCAAAAUAUGCUCCAUUUGCGGGAGUACGAAAAUCCAAAUUUCGUCAUUGGAAAUGUACGAUUGGUCAUCCAUCAAGUCAUGUGACUAGAGUUGAGCCAAUUAGCUUGAGCAUAUCAACAUCUUCAGACUGUUUGAGGUGCAGCCACCUUUAUGCUGCAGUACCAAUGAAAGGACCUGGUGGGCAAAUUGCAAUUAUAAAGCUUUCCUCUCCAGGAAGAAUGACAGAGGAUAAUUCUCUGACUUUACAAAACUUGAAGACUGUGACUGACCUCCAGUGGAAUCCUUUCAACCAAUCACAGCUUGCGGUUUCACUCGAAAAUUCAAACGUUAAAAUUUGGAACAUACCGUCCAAUAAGUUUGGAGAACUUCUCGAAGAGCCUGAUCUUACUUUUAAAGGACAACCGGGCAAACCUAUGGUUCUCUGCUUUCACCCGCUGGCUGAAAAUGUCAUCGCAUCAGGAGACGUCGAAUCAAAUAUUGUGAUCUGGGAUGUGAAGACUGGUGACACGUAUUUCGAAUUAUCUUGUGAUGCUGGUGAGAUAAUGAGCAUAGCAUGGAGUCAAAAUGGGAAGUUUAUUGCUGCAUCAACAAAAGAUAAGAAGUUGUUCAUUUUUGAACCAAGGAAGAGUAACGAACCGAUACAGGUAGGACCAGGGCCAGGAAACAGAAGUUCUCGGAUUAUCUGGGCUUGCAACGAUAAGUUUAUUGCGGUCUCAGGAUUUGACAGGUCAAGCAACCGUACAAUUUCACUACAUUCGACCACAGAUCUGGCAAGUGGUCCUGUCUCCAGUGAAAACUAUACUGCCACGCCCUCUGUAAUGAUGCCACAUUAUGAUGCCGAUAGUUCUACGCUGUUCAUUGUUUCAAAGGGUGAUGCAACUAUUCAAUCACUGGAGAUCAGUGAAAAUGAGCCACCUCAUCUUUUCCGUAUUGCAACCUUCAGCAAUGAUGCCCCAGUUCAAGGAAUUUCUUUUCUCCCCAAGAAGAAUAUUGAUGUCAAGAAAGUCGAGUUUGCUCAAGGCUGGUGCUUGUCUAAAAAUACACUUCAGCCAAUGUCAUUUACUGUGCCAAGAGUAAAGAUGGAAUAUUUCCAAGACGAUCUUUUCCCUCUGACGUCCGUUACCUGGGAGGCGUCAAUGUCAGCAUCAGAAUGGGUGAACGGAGGAAACAAAACACAGAGGAAGCUUGAUCUGAAGCCAUCGACAAUGACAAAAUUGAGUGACGCCCCACCAGAUGAAGUGAAACCCAAGAAAUAUGAAUCGUACGACGUUUCAACUUACAAAACAGACGAAGAAAAGAAAGAAGAGUUACUUGAAGCAAUGUCUGGCAAGCUUGAUCUUGAUAAACAACUGGAACAAGAUACAAUGGAAGGUGUUGAUGAAGAUGAAUGGGAUGACUACUAAAUGCAAUCCAAAAAGAUUGAAAUUCAAAAGAAGUCACGUCUGAAAUCAUACCAAAUCAUCAUGAUAACCAUCGUUAUAAAGAUCAAUGAAAUGAAUAAACAUUUGCACCUGUAAUUUACAUAGAUUUCUUAUACUCAGUAUAUCUUAUAUAGAACAAGUUGGACACUUAACUAAAAACAACUCCUAACAUAUAUGCCAACACAGAGGUGUACAAUAGGCGUGCCACAGCCUGGCCCUCCAAGCAACUUAUUGUGGCCCUUCUCAACACUCAGAAUUCAAGGGCAUAAAAUCCUAAUCCGACUGUUUAUGUUUGAAAAUGAGACACAUAUAUUUUUGGCUCUUGUCGCUGUGUUAAAUCUUUCACCGUUUUGCCCGAUGCUUCAUUAUUAUAAUGCUAAGCAGUAGCCUUUUCCACUACAUUUUUGUGUGGUCCGGCUAGAUAUAUGAAGUUAGUUAUAUUGUCCACCUACAAGAAAUGUGACGCUCCUGAAGAAUGUGCACGAAGAUGGCGGACACCGGAACGUAGUAUGUGUACCAGGUUAGGAUUAGGCCAUAACUUUAUUCCAAUUUUCCCUAUUUCAGUUCUAUUACCAGUUCGGGGACUGUCUGUUUUAGCCAAGUGAUUAUACCUCUGCCCAGUGACUCUCGUAGUGUUUGUGCCUGAAAUUACAAGGUAACCCUAACCAGGUACACAUAUUACGGUACGUUCCGGUGUCCCUCAUCUUGGUUCACAAUUCACAUACUUCUGAAGUACCAAGUUCUGAAGUACCCCUGUCCUAAGGUGGUGCCAGUGUAUGAGCGCUAUCAGAAUAUCAAGCAAUGCAGUGAGUCUUUUUUGACAAUUGCCCUUAUAAAGGCAUUAUUGGUAGCGCUAUUGCAAUUUUAGUGUUUAAUGUCUGACUCCUAUGUACAAAGUCUGCUAUUAUUCAAAUUACUCUCUCUUGGAUAAUGAUGCAAUAAUAUUUAAGAUUUUAAAGCAGGACUUCCUAAUUUUUUGACAGCUCGCCACUUCUUGCAAUAUAUUGAAAUUUUUCAGGACAUUGUAAUGCCAGCGCCCCGUUUUCCGGGUUUUACGUUCAACGUCGGUAUUGUUUUGCAAGCACGAAGUUUCUCUGAUUCUAUGUAAUCUAUCUAAAUUGUGAGAUUUAUGUUUUGCAUGAGUUUCAAUAAUUGUGUUUCGAAUCAAAAGAAAGUGCAAUAAAUAUAGUACUUUGUGUGAACUUGGUGUACUUUUUGCGGCCCACUAAAAUUUGUUACCCGCACCUUUCUGGGUCGCGACCCCCAGUUUGGGAAGCCCUGUUCUAAAUAAUUCUAAACAAGUUACCGUACUGAUUUUUCUGUUAUAAUAUUUACCAUUCGAUGAAAUAUAUUAAAACGUGAAGU